AUGCCUCGGUUCGGACUUCUUCCUUACUAUGACUCGGACAGUGAUGGCGAUGAAGAAAUUGAGAUGGAAGAGAAAUCAUCAGACGAGACCCAUCAUCCAUCUGCUGUUGGCAGCAACGUGAAUGACAGGUGGAUGCUUUCUCACCAUCACAACAAUAUUCCAAUUCGUCACACUGAGUCUCGAUGGAAACAGUGGAACGAUAGAAACUCCAUUGCCUUUGUUGAGACGCUGAAUAUGACUCUCUCCAAAUUGAACGACUCGAUCCAAGAACAAAUACAAGUCGAGCGUGAGAAACUCGAACAAGAACACCGACAGGAAAACAACGCAAUCCAAGUCUUGUGUGAAAACCUGCAAGUGCAGAACUCAUCAUCAAACCUACUAGAAAAUCGAGAGCAAAAUGAAGACAAAACUGACAUCGGCUGUACGCAUGAUGAAUCGAAAUCCGAAUACAAGCAAGUUGAGGGCACAAAUGAACGAAUACAUCCUGUUGAAACAAAGCCAAAAAAGACAGAUGAUACAGGGAGCAAAAUAAAUUCCACCAACGAGAAUGCCCAGGCUUCUGCGCCCAAACUGACCUCAGAGCCAGAACACGUGCUAAAGGCAAACAGCCUACUCGAGCAAUUGGAUCGUUUGCAGAAGUCAAUAGAGCCGUUCUCCAAGAACAAGGCUGUGUCAAAACGACGGCUGAAAAUGAAGAAGACAGUUUGUGGAAAGCUCAAUACCCUAACUGACAGCGCGACCAAAGUGAGCGAGGUAGCAGACGAAGUCAAUGAGGCCAUUCAAUUAGCCCGACAGGAAGAUGCACAAAACCCCAACAUGGCUCUGGGUGAAUCAUAUGUACUCGACCUUCUGGCAUCCAACACUAUUCAAAGAAUACAAGCAGAAAGUUUCAAUGGACCACGUGGUGACGGACUUCCGCUUGCGGCAAUGAUUGCACGGGUCGCUUCCGAAAACAAUAAUGUGAUUCCAGUGCUGGAGGCCCACAUUUACAAGGUUUGUCCAAUGGCGAUUCCUCGAUUUCCGCAUAAUGAGGCUGGUAAUAAAACCAGUGAUGACGAGCUCAUGAAAAAUCUUGGUAUGCAACGAGACAAGAGCGGUGAUUUUGAAAGCUGGGAUCGCUUCGUCAGCCGAACCGAAAAUGUUAUCGCAAUGAUGGCCAACAUUCAAGCUUCAACACCGCCGGCACACUCACGACUCGGCGGACAUGAGGGAGCAGCAGAUUGGUUGGAGCGAUUUCUGGAAUCCCUCCCACCCACAACGCCACUCCCACUCUUGACGGCGCCUGUACUCCAUGGAUUCCUCUCCGGCGCAGGUAGCAUGCUCGCAAAUCACCACAAAGCUUUCUUCAAGAAAAGCCUUCACACCUUAUCCUCCGAUGUACUAGGUCGACUGGAUAAAGGUGCAAUUGGGAAACCAAGUUUCAUUCGAUUGUCAAAGUUACUCCACAAUGACUUCGGUGGACCCCGAUCAAAGUUCCCUCCAAAGGCCAUGCACCAACGAAUAUCUCCUCCAUCGGACCGAAAUCUCCACCGAACCUCUCCUACCUUUAGUGGCGCUGCUUCUCCACAGUAUUCCGAGAGCAGGUCGGGCGAUGCCAUGAUGUCUGACGCGUUUGAGAAUAAGCGUAUCACCAUGACUAGCCCAUUCACAAAUCCUGGAACCGCCGUGCGGAACAAGAAUCAGAAAUCAAACGGUUCCCAUAGAUCUGGAGCAUUUGGAUUCAGCUCUUCAUCAAGUCCUUUCGGGUCGAGUUUCGGUCAACCAUUGCAUGGAUUCGGUUCCCAAGGUGGCCAAAUCAGAAAUCCGUUCGAACGAAAGCAAGGGCAGGGAUCACAGCUAUGCUUUGGAAAAUCACCGAGCACCUUGUUCGGUCAAAGAACACAGCCACACGCUAGACACACCAACCAACAUAAUGCAGGUGAUGCGAAAACAAAUAGCAAGAAAAAGAAGACAAAACCCCCUUGCAAGUUCUUUGCCUCGGGGACUUGUCGAUUUGGCAGCUCAUGCAGAUUCUCUCAUGAGAGUGGAAACCCUACAGCUCUGAACCCAAGAAAUCCAUUUGCAUAA